UUACCAACUCAGUCUGUCAGUGUCAGUCGUUCUAGGCAGUCAAACUAAGGAAGUGUUCACGGUCUCGGUCAUCGUUCCCGACUCGCCAGCCAGUUAAGUCAGUGCCGUUGGUGAAAUACAGCUGCUUUCCAGAAAGUGAUUGAGCAUAGUAGCGAGCUCGAGCGGAAAAUUGGACUGAAUUAAUUUUUGCCACACUAUUCCACUUCGCAUUUGUUACCUUUAUGGAGUCUGCUGUUGAAAUACGUCAACCCAAGAAGCAGAACAGAAGCCGAAGCAGAGCCAAAUCAGAACAGCGGAAAAAUGGUGCCAAACGCGGAAACAGAUGAGCCACCAACCGCGAAGGAUGGCACUAACCGGAGCGGGAAUAAAUCUCGCCUCAUCAAUCCCCCACUGGUGCUGCUAAAAAUGACCAUGUUUCUUAUCUUUGGGGCAACCUCUUCCCUGAUCCCGUACCUGACGAUCCAUAUGCAGAGCAUCGGCCUGACGGUGGGCGAAAUAGCGACCGUUUAUUUGACGCUGCUUUUCACGACCUGUCUCAGUCCGCCCAUCAGCGGAUACAUCGUCGACAGAUUCGGCCGGUACAAACCGGUACUACUGGUUUGCCUGGUGCUGAAUAUCGUCGCUCAUCACUCGCUGGAUUUGAUCCCAAGACGGCAGCCGUUUGGGCUCGUGACGGUGCAGCCGCAAUUGUCGCUCGGAGCCGCAGAUAAUGGAACGAUAUCUAUGAACCAACCCUGCAAUCAGGCUGAGUGCCCCACAAUGGCAGUAUUUCAGCAAAAGCUUCAACGAACAUGUUUUCCCGAAAUAAAAAACUUAAGUAGAUUUGAAGUCAUCUUCACACAAUCUAACGAAUCCAACAGAUCCUGUGGGAUGAUCAACCUCGAGCAAUGUUCUGUAGAUCCAUGGAAAAAUGAUUCUGUUCCACUAAUAAACAUCCAAUGUCCGCUGUCCAACGAGUACGAUCGAACGUUCUGGUACUAUCUUUUAAUCCGGUUCUUUUCCACUACAAUGCUGACUGCCACCGUAACCAUCACCGAUCCGAUGGCUUUGACAAUGAUUGAACAACACGGAGGCGAUUUUGGGCGGGAAAAGCUGUUCUCCAGUAUCGGGAUGGCCAUUUUCACUCCGUCAACUGGUCUACUAAUCGAUUACUUUUCUGAAGGUUAUCAAAGCACCAACUAUAAACCAGCAUUCUACAUUUACGAUAUCCUGCUGGGAAUGUCUUUGAUCUCCGUGCUGUUUCUGCCGAUUGGCAAAAAGCUACCAUCGGAGAACAUUAUGAAGCAUCUGUUCAAGAUCCUGCAACAUCCGCACGUGUUGGUGUUCAUCUUUUUCUUAUUCUUUCUCGGAAGUUUCUGGGGCUUCAUCGAGAGCUACUUAUUUGUGAUCAUGAAAGAGAUGGGUUCACCCAACUAUCUGCUGGGUUUGACCUAUACGGUAGGAACUGUAACCAGCAUACCGAUGAUGUACCUGACUGGACCGAUCACGAAAAAAGUGGGACACGUGAACCUUCUGGUGGUGGCGUUCUUCGCACAUGCUCUACGAAUUCUAGGAUAUUCUUUCAUUUAUAACCCAUUUUGGUGCUUCCCAAUCGAACUGAAUGAGGCAAUUUCCUGCUACUUUAUGUGGGUAGUGGCCACAACGUACUGCGCCGUUUUGGCUCCCAAUAACUUGGUGGCGACCUUGAUCGGUGUCUCGGGAAUGAUUCAUUUCUGUCUGGGAAAAGGUAUUGGAUCGUUCGUGGGAGGAUUCAUGAUAGCGAGCUUCGGAACUAGAAUGGCAUUUCGGUACAUGGGAUACACGGCGGUGUUGGGAGGUGUGCUUUAUAAGUUUCUUCAUAUGAUCUGGCUGAAAAAGUACGACAAACAUCAGGCGGUGGAAACCGAAGAGCAUGCGAUAAAAACGAUUAAGGAGAGUGAGACAAUUACUGUCAAGUGCGAUCACUUUUGAAGCUUCCUGACGAUCGCAAAACUGGUGCUCUAAAACUAAAUUGUUAUUUUGAGAUAAUUUGAAUCAGUAAUAUACUGCCCAUAAAAGCAUAAGAGUCCCAUAUGGAUUUUUGUCGUAAAAUGAGUUAUCUGUUGGAUUGUAUUAUGUAUUACCACUGUAUCACAAUGCACAAAUAAGAUUACCAGGAUUGUUUUGAAAAUAUCGAAAAAAUACCAAACAAUGGUUGUCCCAUCCAUAAGGUUCAAAGAAAAUGUAAAUGUUCAACAGCGGUUUUUCUCGGCUUGCUGUUUUUUUCAAUAUGGGACUCUUAUGCUUUUAUGGGCAGUAUAUCUAUGACGUUUUAUAUUAGACAUUUGACCCAAUUUCAAAUGAUCUUCGAUUGGCCUUCGAAGAAGUGACGUUUGAUUUUUCACGCUAGACGCUGUUUCAUAUUUUGAUGCAAGUCACAUCCCAUGGUCUUCAUAUCUAAACACAAACACUAAUGUAUUACCACAAUUGAAAUAGGAAGAAAUUUUUAACAAUUACAUUGAGUAGAGGGUGAUAUCUCUCGUGCCAAUAAUGAAAAAAUAAAUAAAAUCCACACUGAAAAUAACUAAAUAA